AUGGCAGGUGUCCUGAAGCGGAUGUUUGCAGCAGUUGAGGAAAACCCCACCUACUCUUAUUCCUCUUUACCAUCUCCUUCACCACCGUCUUCAGAGUGGGGGUCCUACAGGGAGAGCAAUUCCCCCAAAAUGUCAAAUUUUACAGUUCACAGAUCCUCUGCGACCACCAGUUUAUCCAAUGGGUCAAUUGUGAAAAAGCCGAGGCGGGUAAAGAGUGUGCGUUUCGACCAAGUGGCUGUUUUCAGCUUCCCACGCUGCCAGGGCUUCACCAGUGUGCCAAGCCAUGGUGGUGCCACCCUGGGGAUGUUACGGCAGCACAGCGCGCUUCGCAGGUACACAGUAGCAGAGCAUGCGUUGGAGCAAAGAAGCCGGCGUCGGCAGAGACACUUGCUCAGAAUAAGAGAGGAGAAAUUUGAACUAUUGAAACACAAUAUAACCAAUCAGGUUGGCAGCCAACCAGGUCACCUUACAAUAGACCAAGUUCCAUCUGAGGACGUUGAUGUCCACAUCACUGAUCAUGAGCUGGAAGAGAAACACUUCUUGCAGCCAUAUUCGUCCAGGCAGAGGCAGGCUCUUCUCUUGGCGUCUGGGGUGAAGCGCAUAGACAAGGAGGAGAAGAAACAGCUUCAUAAUCUGCGUCUGUCUAGGGAAGCUUGUGGAUGUGACUGCCAAGGCUUUUGUGACCCCGAGACCUGUGCUUGCAGUUUGGCAGGCAUCAAAUGUCAGGUGGACCGCUUCAGCUUCCCGUGUGGAUGCACUAAGGACGGCUGUGGAAAUACCGAGGGACACCUCGAAUUUGACUCCAAGCGUGUGCGGACCCACUACAUCCACACCGUCAUGCGACUCAAUUUAGAGCAGCGACUGCGAACCGAAAUGAACCUCUCAGAAGAUGUUCUUAAGCCUGAAGAUUUGAAUGAAACCCAUCCUAUAAAGAAUGAAAAGUACAAAAGGUAUUCAUUUGAUUUUUCAAUGGAAGAAAAUGUCACUCAUACUGUUCCUACCAGCCCUACAUUUAAUUUCAUCCCGGUGGUUGAAGAGAACAGCUGCAGUAGUGACAUGACUGAAUUUUCCAGCUCUUCUUUGGAUUGCGAUGAAUGUCAUCUCCCAGCCAAUCACAAAGGAGCACCAUUGAGACUUUUGGCAGCCCCACUGACCGUGGACAGCGGCAACUGUGACUUGAACAGCACAAGUCCCGACAGAACGGGACUUCUUUCAGAAAACACAUUCAUUGACCAUAAAAGCCCAGUCGCAGUGAGAGAUUAUCUCGAUGAAAAUGCGAACCAAGCAAAGGAGCCCUUUGACAAUGAGGAUUCCCUUGAAGGUUAUCCAAACACUCCCUCGCCCUCACUGGACUAUUCAUCUAGCACUUACAUGGACCCAAGUCUUUCUUCAGAAUCCGACCUGGAGUUCUUUGAUAGCGACUAUCCCUCUGGGGCGCCGCACAGCUCGUUCAAAGAACACAGACACUCAGACAAUUUUCAUCACCUUCAGCUGAUCAGCUCUGUUUAUUUGCCACAGGUUGAAUCAAGUACCUACCUCUUGGAGUCUCUGAUUGGCCUGAGUGAGCCUAUCUCAGGGCAGCCUCAUGAUCAUCUUUGA